AUGACAAAACCAGCUCCGAUUAUUAUAGGUUUUAAGACUUCAGGCACUAAAAGUCGGGACGAAUGGUUAGCCAACAGGCGUAAGCUCAAGGAAUUAAACAGCAGCGCGAUCACCGGCGGAUCUCAACGUAAUAAAAUUUUUAUUAACGAAGAUUUAACCAAAACAUCACGAGAGCUGCUGUGGAAUGCCAAGACACAGCUGAAGGAAAGAUUUAAAUUCAUCUGGGUAAAUAACGGCAAGAUCUUAGUGAAAAAAGCUGACGGAGAUAAAUCUGUGUGGGUCAGGUCAGAUGGCGAUAUUCGCGAACUGCUCAAAAAG